ACUCCUUGUAGGGCGUCAGGGAGUUGCCAAGAUGCCGAAGAUAGGGUUCUACCGCAACUAUGGCAAGACGUUCAAGAAGCCCCGGCGUCCUUAUGAGAAGGAGCGCCUGGACGCUGAGCUGAAGCUUGUCGGAGAGUAUGGUCUGCGCAACAAGCGUGAGCUUUGGCGCGUGCAGAUGGUCCUGAGCAAGAUUCGGAAUGCUGCGCGUGUGUUACUCACCCUGGAAGAGAAGGACCCGAAGCGUAUCUUCGAGGGCAAUGCGCUUAUGCGUCGUAUGAACCGCUAUGGUCUCCUCAGCGAGAGCCAGGACAAGCUGGAUUACGUGCUGGCGCUGACUCCCCAGGAUUUCCUGGAGCGCCGCCUGCAGACCCUCGUCUUUAAGCAGGGUCUGGCAAAGUCCAUCCACCACGCUCGCGUGCUGAUCCGGCAGCGUCACAUCCGCGUGGGCAAGCAGGUGGUCAACGUGCCCAGCUUCAUGGUGCGCGUGGACAGCCAGAAGCACAUCGACUUCGCCCUCACCAGCCCCUUCGGCGGCGGCCGCCCGGGCCGCGUCAAGCGGAAGAACGCCAAGAAGGGUGGCGAUGGCGGCGACGAUGAUGAGUAAGCAAUUUCAAUUGCAGUACAGCAGUGAGGAAUGCUGUAACAACCCCGGCCCGGUCAUUUGCACCUGUGUCUAAUACAUUUCGUUGACGCACAAACACAUCAGCUUGAGUGCCAUACCGCAGCAAAUGGACAUUCAUUACAACACGGCAAUGAACAUUUUGGUUGCUACGUGGAGUUGGGUUGUUUAUGGGUACUGGAAGUCUCCAUUUCGCAGUUAUCGUACUUCCGUAGACAACUUGCCCAAAAACUUCUGACAACGGCGUUACUUAUUCGUGAUGGUUCAGGGUUCGUGAUGGUUCAGGGAGCAGACAGUAACAUGAUAUAAAUACAGGAAUAGAGGUCAGUUCUGUCUAAAGUCCUGUGCUUACAUUCUCAGGCAGUGUUGGGUUACGAAGAGUACUUUGGCGAGUUUAUUUCCCCUUGGAGAGCUCCUGUAACCCUAUAAAGGAACC